ACCAGAGCCAAGAGGCAGAGUCCCCAAUCAGUCAGAGAAAUGUUCUACUCGCUGGGAUUUGCAUUCGGGCUGUCGCUGCUUCUUGGGGCGGCGUCUGCUGGCACUCCUGCCACCGAUGGACGCAUUGUGGGCGGCAUGCAGGUGUCCACCAUCGGGGAGUUUCCCUACCAGGCCUCCGUGCAGCUGAAUGGCCAGCACAUCUGCGGCGGCGCCGUCAUCGGGGAUCACUUUGUGCUGACGGCCGCCCACUGCUUCGAGGCGCUGGAACCCUGGAGCGUCCUCGACUACAGCGUGCGGGUGGGCUCCAGCGAGCACGCGACUGGCGGCCACUUGCUCAGCCUGCAGCAGAUCAUUCCCCACGGCGGCUACAAUCCCCAGAGCCACGACAACGACCUGGCGCUGCUCAUCCUCAAUGCCAGGCUCAAUUUCACCGAGCAGCUGCAGGCGGUGCCCCUGGCCAGCGCACAGGAGCGGCCCACACCCGGAACGCGUCUUCUGGUCAGCGGCUGGGGCUUCCAGAGCGAGGAAGCAGCCGCAGAGCAGCAGAUCGAUGCUGGCUCUGGCUCUGGCGCUGGUGUGGCCUCCAUUCUGCGCUACGUGGACGUGGACCACGUGGACAUCGGACAGUGCCGUCUCGCCUACCGCCGGGUGCUGCCCAUCACCCAGGGCAUGCUCUGCGCGGCCCGCGCCGGCCACGACAGCUGCCAGGGCGACUCUGGGGGGCCGCUGGUCGGCUUCCAGGAGGACGGCCGUGCGACGCUGUACGGUAUCGUGUCCUGGGGCCUGGGCUGUGCCAAUCCGGACUACCCUGGCGUCUACACCAGUGUGGCGGCCUUUCGCCGCUGGAUCGAUGCACAGGUGGGGGCCUGGGGCUGGAACGCCCUACUGGGCGGCUGGAGUGGAGUGCAGUGAACGGGAGCGAAGCUCGUCUUGGGUGUUCGAUGCAUAAGUUAAGUUACCUGCUGCCGACCGCAUUUACCACCAGCAUUUGCUUUUCUUGCUGUGAUUUCAUUUGAAUAAAUCAAUUGCCACAC